GAGAGGGACCGCCUGGUGGACGCUCGGAUGGAGGGGCUGAAGGGCGGCCAGACGCAGCUGACCAACAUGGUUCAGGAGUCGAUGGCCAUGGCCGAGGGGCUCUACGAGCGGGUCAACCAGGGCUACAACGACCUGAAGAGGGAGAUCCAAGGCCUGUCGAACCUGGAGGAGGUGAUGGUGGACACGGCGGACAGCGUGCUGGACACCAAGCGGCGGCUGGAGUUCGGCGUGCAGCAGAUCCUGCUGGAGGUGGAGGCGGCCGUCAAGGCGCAGGGCAUCAAGAUCAACGGCACGUUCUCCACCAAGUUCGGCAGCAUCUCGCAGGAGAUCCUGGCCAACCAGUCGGUGGCGCUGCACAACAUGACCAAGUCGAUCGAGGGCGAGAUCGCGCAGGUCUGGCGCCAGAUCGGCGUCAUGUACCAGACGCUCUCGAGCUCGGCGGAUGUGCUGGACAAGAUCGAUGACAAGACCACUCAGUAUGUCAACGGCUCGCUUGAGCAGACCGAAAAGGUGGACGGCACGGUGGGCGACGUGGCUAAGCGCGUCGGCGAGGUGGAGGAGAACCUCAACUUCCUGCUGGGCCGCCUCUCGCUGGUCGUCUCCGAGUUCAACCAGAUGAAGUCGGGUAUCGGCGCUGAACUCGACCUGCUGCGCACCAAGUUCAAGACGUUCGGCCCCGAGUCGGCCUACGUCGUCAGCGACGCCGGCGGCGCCGACGGCGACGGCGGUCUGCGGAAGAUACCGAUCCAGUGACGGCGCGGCGCGGCGGCGUGAGAGCGGCGCAGCGGCGUGAGGGCGGCGCCGGGAGCCGGCGGGGUCGGAGGCGCGCGGCCGGGGUGGUUUUGCGGCGGUGCGGCGCUCGGUCCGGUGUGGAGAGCGUCACUGUCACAGGCCGGAGUGAACUGGGUCGCAGUGCGAACGGCCUCGGCAGCAGAGCGCACGCUUUUUGCGAGGUUGAUCUUUUUGUACAGUGUGACGUAUUUUAAGGCUCAUUAAUUUCAGUCGCGCUGACGGAGGGUCGAGGCUGGGAGAUGAAAGUAGAUCUUGUGGCGUUAUCAUGCGAGUAGGUUUUCAUUGAGUGUGUAGGAUAAUUUCAGCCAUACGCAUCGGGCUGCAGGGCUUUGGAAAACAUCGAAAAUCCACGCUCUGUCAUGCGGCCGAAAUGAGUUGCAUCCAUGCUGUCGGUAACUGUCGCGAGCUGGUCUCAAAGCGCUUUGCUUUUCACGCCCCGUACUCACUGCUUCCAUUUCGCUCUUGUGUUAAGAUUGCAGUGGUGUGCUGUUAGCAAACAUCGU